AUGCGUGUAGCAACUGAGGGUGGAGAACGGACUCAUUACAUGCAUAUUUGUUUUUAUUAUCAGGUAUGCAAAACCAACAUUUACAAAUGACUACUAGUAUUGACAAGUGUGGGGUCUAGUUCCUUACUAUCAUAUUCUUGACAAAAUCUUUCUCUUUCCUUCCAGCAUUCAACACGAGAUGGUCGCCUUCACAAGCCUGACACAAUUGUUAUGCUGUUGUCUUGGUCAUACCGAAACUUGAGGGAGAGAAUAAAUGACUGCCCUGAAAAGAUUAGGACUGACUUUGAGCAUUAUGCACAACAACAUGUUGCAGCAUGUACAAUUCAGAAGUGGUAAGUGUCUAUAAUAAGAUAAAAACACCAUCCAAUUUUCUAUAUUUAAUUACUUUCAUAGUUAAAACCAAUUUUCCCUAACUCAAAGUCAAACCAAAAUUACAAAAUUACAGUAUAUAUAUAUUUUUUUUUAAUUACAGGUGGAAGAUUGUCCAUACCAGACCAAAUCCUCCAUUGGAUGUGUCUGGUGCAAGUGUGGUUAAGCAAUUGCUGCCACUUAAGAGGAUGGAC